AUGCGAACUCUGGCGACUGGUCCUUUGGAUACUCGACUCGAGACUCGUGCAUUUGCUGAUAUCAGUGAUAUGAGCUUCUUCCACAAUGAGCAGGAAGUUCUCUUCAGUCUCGGCUCUGUGUUUCGACUUGAGAAUGUGAUGUUCGAUGAGAGAGAGGCGUUGUGGCGUGUCAAGCUGACACUGUGUAAUGAAGAUGAUCAAGAUAUGAAGGAGAUGUAUGAGUAUCAGAAGAAGAGUGUUGGUGGUGGAGAUGAACAAGCCAGUCUCCUCUCACUUGGUUUUCUUUUGCACAACAUGGAUGAAUAUGAGAAAGCGAAACAAUAUUACGCUCGUGUAUUGGAUGAGUUGAGCGAUGAUGAUACAAAUGUUGUCCUGUGUCAUAAAAGACUCGGCGAAGUAAGUGCAUCACAAGGAGAAUAUGAUGUUGCACUCGAUCAUUUGAAUGAAGCCGUGAAACUGUACAAGAAGUUUCAACAUGCACAUGACACAGUAGAGAUUGCUGCCUGUUAUCAGUGGAUAGGCAGAGUGCACUUCCACAAAAAAGAAUAUGAAACAGCGCUUUCUUACUUGAACAAAGCUUUGGCUAUAAGACAAGCAAAGCUUCCUGCUGAUCAUGUUCAAACUGCCCAUACUCUAAGUGAAAUCGGUAAUGUUCACAAUUACCAAAGAGAUUAUGAUUCUGCCUUGUCUUAUCAUCAGCGUGCUCUUGUCAUGUACAAGAAGGUGUUGCCCCGACUCACUCUUACAUAUCAACUAGUCUAA